AUGACAACUGAGCAACAACAUCAACGUCAUAUCGGUGAUAAAAAACGAAGUAAUAGAAGGCCUCAUGAGAAAACACCAGCUUCUGUGACACCGCAACCUACUCCUUUAACUGGAAUAAAUAGAAAUAGACAGAAGCAUAGUAACAACAAUGGUGCAAAGGUAUCCAAUGAUACACUCUGUGGUAAUCAAAGUGAUAUGAAUAACAAACACAAAGUAAAUCGUAAUUACAAGAAUAUUACGAACUAUGGCUCUAGUGAGGAAAGUAGUUGGGACACUUUGAAGGAUAAGAACAAGUCUGGUUUAGAUAAUCAUAUCCAAUUAAGAAGAAAUAAGAACCAUGGAUAUACAAAUAAACAGAAUAGUGCUAAUUUAGAAAGUCAAAAGCUGCAGAAAUUACAAUCAGCUGGUGAUAACCACAAUCCUGAGACUAUGGAUAAAUCCCAGAAAUCUUCAAAAAUCAGUCACAAGAAGGAUUUUCACAGAGCAAAGGAGUCUAGUCAACAGGUAGUAAAUAGUAAUUGCAAUGUUGCUCCAUUAAAAGACUUAAAUGAUUCCCACAGUAAUAAUGAUGCUAAUAAUGUAGCAAAAAUUUCCCAUAAUUCCCUCGGGAAUAACUUGCAGAUGAAAGAUAUUGGUAAUAAUUAUGGUAAGGGAUCUAGUAAUAAACAAGUAGAUAACACACCUAGUGAUAUGACAAUGUGCCAGUUAGAUAAAGAUUCAAAUUCAAAAUAUUUUGCAAAGGAUCAACACUAUCGCCCCACUUCUAAUAAUACAGGGAGACAGCCUAAUACUGGCUAUUCUAGAUUCCGCUUUCAUGCUUCAGGUAGGAUUAAUAAUAAUAAUAAUAAUAAUAAUAAUAAUAAUAAUAAUGCUCCAAAAUUAAAGUCAAUAGAUAUAAUAAACAAUAAUAAUGGAGCUGGCAGCAUAUUAGAUGAAAAUAAGAAGAGAAAAAAUAGGAGGAGAUACUAUAAAGCUAAUUCGAAGGAUAAAUCUCGUAAUGAUAAUGUCGGGUCACCUCAAACUGUUUCAAUAGGUAAAGAGAAGUUUCAAAAUAAGGGUGAGAAACUUAUAAAAGAACAAGCUAGUGAAGACACUACAAAUAGAUGUGUAGAUCCAACUUCAGAUACAGCAGAUAUAGACAACAACCUAGGGAAUUUGGAUAUAAAUGCAGAUGCGUCUGUAUCGUUGCAAUUAAAGGAGAUUCCUAAAUCUGAACUUAAAAUAGUAGAUACUACAGUUAUAGAAGCACCUAUGACUGUGGAAGUAUUUGUAGCUCAGUCUAGUGGUUCAACUGAUAUGUCAUUAAAUAAAGAUGAGAUGAAUACUACUGUAUCAACUUCUGGAGGUUUAUGGCGUAGAGGAAAUGGGACAAUUCAUACAGACUCAUUGGAAGGAGUGCGCCGACAUGUGAAAAGCUUAUUAAAUAAAAUAACAGUCGAGAAGUUUACUGUUAUAGCAGAGAAACUAGCUUUGUGUAUAGAGGAAUUACAAAGUGUUGAGGAAUUGGAAGAGCUUGUAAAGCAAGUUCUUGAUAAAGCAAUUACAGAACCUGAUUUUUCUGAAAUGUAUGCUGAUCUAUGUCAAGUUCUAAAGUGGCGUAGCCCAUUAUUAGUAAAGGAAAAUAAAAGUGUGAUUAGUUUCAGUAAAGCAUUGUUAAUACGCUGUGAAUAUGAAUUUAAGAAUUUACCUAAAAAUAUGCGACCAACCGAAGAGGAAAUUGAGUUAUAUGGUAAUGAAGAACUUGUCAUUAAAUAUAGGAAACUCAAAGUACAUGUUUUAGGGAUAAUACGGUUAAUAGGUGAAUUAUUUAUACGCAAAAUGUUCCCAAUGAGAAGUUUAAAUGAGCUUGUUUUUGAUUUAGUCAUGCUUCAAGAACAUCCGGAUGAAUAUGCAAUUGAAUGUUUAUGUCAAUUAAUUAUGACUACUGGAUAUUACCUUGACUCAAAUGAAAAGUCUCAAAUGAUUGUAGACCAGUGGUUUGGCCGACUGAAGGAAUUACAGAAGUCACAAAUUUCUACAAGACUAAAUUGUCUUAUCCAAGAUGUUUUUGAUUUACGUAAACACAAGUGGGUAAAGAAAGUCCACAAACAAAAGGCAAAAGCUUUUGCUGAUAUACUUAAAGAUAUUGAUGUUGAAGAUGUUCUUGGUGGUGCUGCAAUUGCUGCUCAAUAUGGUUCAGUUGUGGUUGUUGGAGAACGCUCUAACCUUGUCGGUAAUGCUACAUACAGUAAUUAUAUGACUGCUCAAGAAGAAUUGUACAUAUCUAAACAGAGAAAUAAUCAAAGUACAGCAAUAAAGUGA